GCCGUCUCCUUGGUGACGUGGUAGCUGCAGCGUGUUCCUGGGUGGGCAUUCGGGGUUGGUGGCUGUGAAAAUGCCGAGUGGGGUGCCCAAAGUCCCCAUCCUGCUGAUCCCAUCGGUUACCUGGAGCCUGAACAGUGUCUGUCCUCUUCUCUGGGUGGCUCUCACCUUUGAGUCUCUGCAAAAUAAGACUUUUAGAAUUAAGCUAAAAAAAUUGACACUUUUUUUUUUUUUGCAGUGAAUAAGCAUAAAAAUAUAAAUAAAACAAAGUUUAGGUACCUUAAAAAAACUCGUAGUUCCUAUUUAUGUGUAUAUGGAGUUUAAUACUUUAAAUGAUGUGUUUGUUGAAUGAUCUAAUUUUUGAAAUAAACAUCUGUACCUGUAGUUACUUUGGACUUGAAAUCCAUGUCUUGUUCAGUAAUGUAUUUUCCUUUAAAAAGAAAACUGGAGCUAGCAGAAGGUAAGAAUAUAUUAGAUUGCAGUUUAGUACCUGUCAAAGGUGGAUAAACAGAUCAUUCUUAAUUUUUGUAACUGUGUGGUUGUGUUACUUCCAAAAUAUUGUUUGAAGUGUGUCAAAAUGUAUUUUUCUACAGAAAUCAGUUCAAUAUUAGAUAUCCAAGAGGAAAUGUGAAUGAAAAUCAACAGCUGUGUGAUAUAAAAUUAUGAGCGACCAUGCAACACUCUUACAGUAGUGUGUCACUUACACAGACACUAACAUUCGUAUAUGCAAAGUUGUGUGAUAUAACCUUGAUUUCUAGGAAAUGUUUAAUUAGUGGAUGGAUUUGUAGUCCUGAUAUUUGGGCAUCAUCAUGAGAUACAUGUAUAUAUAGGUAUAUAUCUAUAUGCAUAAAAUUUUCAGGCAAAAUUGUUAUAUAAUUUGAGAAAAAGUUUACCUGUCAGAAGUUUAAAAACAGGCAUAUUUGAUGUUUAAAAAAAAUGUAUGGAAUAGGAGGAGGCAGAAUACACUUUUCCUUUUCCUUUUUACUCUGGUGCCUAAGCGUUAUCUGCUAUCCUUUAAGUGUGUAUUUUAUGUUAGGAAGGACUUUUUCCUGUGAAGAGAAAGAGUGGAAUUUUCCAGAUUCGUGACAUUUAUCUCUUUUUCUGCCACAUUCUAACAGCUCACUUAUCAUGAACAGCGAAGAUCAUUCCCCUCAUUUUUCUUCCUCUUUAUCCUUCCCUCAAAUCAAAAGCCUAGUUUUGUUUUUCAAAAUGCAAAUUAGAGAUGUAUUCCACCAGCAGUUACAGUCAGUAUCAUUUACUUCUUUGAAUUGUUUUUGAGUAUAUUAAAAAAAUAAAAAUGUUGCCGAAACAAAGUUAUAUCACAAAUCUUCAACUACCAUAGAAAUUUAUUUCAAAAAGAACUAAACUUUUCUACUUAAGACUUCCACACUGCAACUACUUUAAGGACUACGGUUGAUUCAAAGGAAUGUAAAUUUUGUUUGAUACCAGAGGUCGUUUGCAGAUCCGUUCUUAAUUAUGCAAAACCGUCCUAUAAUACAGGGACAUUCCAGAAGAUAUCUUCAUUUCAUUCUGUAAAUUAGUGUUCAGGGGGAAGAGAAAUGUCACGUGAAGAGGGAGGAAAAAAAAAAAGCCGAUGAGAAAAACGUGUGUUUCACAGACUGACUGAAAUACACAGUGGAGAGUGGAUAGCAAUUCCUCAUGUGGUGGGAGAUGAGAAGGUAGCUGCUGUUUGGACUGAUGCAGGGUAAAAAAUGAAGGUUCCUGUAUUUGAGGAUGUAAAGGAUGAACCUGGAGAGGAAAAAACAGAAGAAGAAGAAGAGAAUGAAGAAGACCAGGUGUUCUUCAAGCCUGUUAUUGAAGACCUAAGCAUGGAGCUGGCCAGAAAAUGCACUGAACUCAUCAGUGAUAUCCAUUAUAAAGAAGAGUAUAAAAAGUCUAAGGACAAGUGUACAUUUGUGCCUGACACUCCUAUGCUCAACCAUGUAAAAAAUAUUGGUGCUUUUAUUUCUGAGGCAAAAUACAAAGGCAGGAUGAAGGCUGAGCUUUCCAACUCUCUUUACAAGCAGAUGCCGGCCACCAUCGACAGCGUCUUUGCACGAGAAGUUUCCCAGCUUCAGAGUGAGGUUGCCUAUAAGCAGAAACAUGGUGCUACCAAAGGACUUUCAGAUUACACCAGGAUGAAGGAGCUGCCUGAGGUCAAACACGCCGUGGAGGUCACGAAACACCAAAGUGACAUUUCUUACAGGAAAGAUGUACGGGACACCCACACGUACACGGCAGAGCUCGACAGGCCGGACAUCAAGAAGGCAACCCAGAUCUCCAAGAUCAUAAGUGAUGCAGAGUACAAGAAAGGGCAAGGGAUAAUGAAUAAAGAGCCCGCUGUAAUUGGAAGGCCAGAUUUUGAACAUGCCGUGGAAGCAUCUAAACUUUCUAGUCAGGUUAAAUAUAAAGAAAAAUUUGCUAAUGAAAUGAAGGAUAAGAAACAUCAUUACAAUCCCCUUGAAAGUGCUUCUUUUAGACAAAAUCAGCUUGCAGCCUCACUGGCAAGUAAUGUGAAUUACAAGAAAGACAUUGAAAAUACGCACGACCCGGUUUCAGAUCUCCCAAAUUUGUUGUUUUUAGACCAUGCCUUGAAAGCCAGCAAAAUGCUCAGUGGACGAGAAUAUAAAAAGGUGUUCGAGGAGAACAAAGGUGCAUACCAUUUCGACGCUGAUGCCUCAGAUCACCUGCACCACAGAGGCAACGCCACCCUCCAGAGUCAGGUUAAAUAUAAAGAAGAAUAUGAGAAAAAUAAAGGGAAGUCAAUGCUUGAAUUUGUUGAGACUCCAUCAUAUCAAGCUUCAAAGGAAGCCCAAAAGAUGCAAAGUGAGAAAGUUUACAAACAGGAUUUUGAGAAGGAGAUUAAAGGAAGGUCUUCACUGGAUUUAGACAAGACUCCUGAAUUUUUACAUGUAAAGUACAUCACCAACCUUCUGAGGGAGAAAGAAUAUAAAAAAGAUUUGGAAAAUGAAAUAAAAGGGAGAGGAAUGGAACUUAAUUCAGAAGUUCUGGAUAUUCAAAGAGCAAAACGAGCAUCUGAAAUAGCAAGCGAGCAAGAGUACAAGAAGGACCUGGAGUCAAUCAUUAAAGGGAAGGGAAUGCAAGUUGGCAUCGACACCCUGGAAAUACAGCGUGCCAAAAAUGCUACCAAGCUAGCCAGCCAGAAAGACUACAGAAGAGAUCUGGAGACUGAAGUGAAAGGGAAAGGCAUGCAGGUCAGUGCGGACACUCUCGAUGUGCAGAGAGCUCGGCGAGCAUCUGAGAUGGCCAGCCAGAAACAGUAUAAGAAAGACUUAGAAAGUGAAAUUAAGGGGAAAGGAAUGCAAGUAAGCAUGGAUAUCCCAGGGAUGCUGCAAGCCAAGAGGGCGUCUGAAAUCUACAGCCAGAAAAAGUAUAAGGAUGAAGCAGAGAAAAUGCUUUCUAACUAUUCCACUGUGGCAGAUACUCCUGAAAUUCAGAGAAUCAAGACAACUCAACAAAACAUUAGUGCGGUAUUUUAUAAGAAGGAAGUAGGAGCUGGGACAGCAAUAAAAGAGACUCCGGAGAUUGAACGAGUGAAGAAAAAUCAGCAAAAUAUUAGUUCACUCCAGUAUAAAGAACAAAGCUAUAAGGCCACACCGGUAAGCGUGACCCCAGAGAUAGAGAGAGUGAGGAGGAACCAGGAGCAGCUCAGUGUGGUCAAAUACAAAGAAGAGAUUAAACAGGCAACUCCCAUUUCUGAUCCACCAGAGCUGAAGAGAGUGAAAGAAAACCAGAAGAAUAUCAGCAAUGUUUAUUACAAAGAUCAGCUGGGAAGAGCUACAGCUUUGAGUAUAACUCCCGAAAUGGAAAGAGUGAAGAAGAAUCAAGAAAAUAUUAGCUCGGUAAAAUAUACCCAGGACCAUAAACAGAUGAAAGGUAGACCAAAUCUGAUUUUAGAUACACCUAGUCUGAGACAUGUUAAAGAAGCACAAAAUCAUAUUUCAAUGGUAAAAUAUCAUGAGGAUUUUGAGAAGACGAAGGGGAGAGGGUUUACUCCUGUUGUGGACGACCCUGUGACAGAGCGCGUGAGGAGGAAUACCCAGGUUGUCAGUGAUGCUGCCUACAAAGGGGUCCAGCCUCACGUGGUGGAGAUGGACAGGAGACCUGGGAUCAUUGUUGACCUGAAAGUUUGGCGCACGGAUCCUGGCUCCAUCUUUGACAUUGAUCCCCUGGAAGACAAUAUUCAGUCUAGGAGUCUGCACAUGCUCUCGGAAAAGGCGAGUCUCUAUAGGAGACACGGGUCUCGAUCUCACUCCAGCAGUACCUUUGGUACGGGUCUGGGAGACGACAAGUCAGAAAUCUCCGAGCUUUACCGUAGCAUUUCAUGCUGCAGUGAGGUAACAAGACCGUCCGAUGAAGAAGCGCCUGUGCUCCCCGGGGCUUACCAGCAGAGCCACUCCCAAGGCUACGGGUACAUGCACCAGACGAGCGUGUCUUCCAUGAGGUCUAUGCAGCAUUCACCAAACCUGAGGACCUACCGAGCCAUGUACGACUAUAGUGCCCAGGAUGAAGAUGAGGUCUCUUUCCGAGAUGGAGACUACAUUGUCAACGUGCAGCCCAUCGACGACGGCUGGAUGUACGGCACGGUGCAGCGGACCGGCAGGACGGGCAUGCUCCCAGCAAACUACAUCGAGUUCGUGAAUUAGUUCUUUCCCCCGCUCUUUGAGCUUUAUUCUAAUGUAUUCUAAACCUAAUCUUUUUAAAACCUAGACGAUACUUUUAAGACAACUCGGCAAUUAUUUUCCAAUAAUGUAUCCUUACUUUGACAAUUAGACACAAGGUACCAGGAAGUAGGAAUGACUUUGGGCUGAAAACAGCAUUCUCAGUAAUUCCUGUGAACAAGAUCCUGACAUCCGGAGACCUGGUGCUGCUAAUUGUGUUUGUGGUUUCCUUUGAUUGGCUCCUGAACCCUUCUGGAAAAUGUUAUUUUUGUAGACUUUAAUAGAGAUGUUGGUUGUCCCUAGUAUGUAAUGAGUGUAUGAAACUUCUUAGCUUUCCCUUUGGAAUAACCAGAAACAAAUUCUCUUAACUCAGCAACACAGCCAAUAACUUACAAACUGUUUAGCUUUUGAGUCAUUAGGCAAUUUCCAAUUCAAGUGAAAAUUGCCUGAUAUAAUAAAUGUAAGCAGUGGCAGAAUGACAGUCUGGUGAGAAUCACACUCACCAGUGGUCUUAGGGACUGAACAGGAAAUGUCCUUGUUCCCUAGGCCCCCUGGGGUCUGUUUAUGUCUCCUUUGUACCAAGGCAUCUCCUCCUUUCCAUUUACAUUCUCUGGGCCUGAGUUUAUGCUUGGUCCCACAGAAUGUCAGGACCAAGUAAUGUCACAGUUACUCUGCAGAGGGCAAAGUUCAGUGUCAUCUGUAUUCUUUCCCCUGUAGCCUUUACCCUGUUGCAUGUCCUGUAGGUCUGGCUUCUGUUACUAAGGCAAACCACAUGGCUGAUAUCUACAAGCCCUGUCUGUACCCAGUUACCGGCUCAUCAGGAAAACAUCUUUAAAAAUUGCUUGAGAUUUUCUUGCUGUAUUGCACUCUAGAUUUGAAGGACUGAUACCUUAGGAAAUACAUAUGCUAGUAAAUAAGUGAUUUAGGUAUUUCCUGAACAGCUUUCAUUAGCUUAAUGCCACUUUUGAAUUGAAAGCAAAGAAAAUUUAACAGAACCCAAUGAAAUAUGAAAUUUGGAGUGUACUGGAAAAAACCCAAAACCCAGCAGAUGAGUUUGCUUUUCACAGAAAUGACCUGGUUUCUUAUUUGAAAAUGAUACUCAGAGUCAGGAAUGGAAAUCUGGCUGCUAAGACUGGUUCAUCAAAGAGACUUCCUUUCUAUUCUCUGGUUUUUCUUUUCUAAAUUACCCUCAAAGGAUGAGAUAGGAAUAUCAUGAGAGAUUUUUCAGGGCAGUCUCCAAAAAAGAAAUGAUUGUCUUUUGAGUGACUUCUCAGGCUUUGGCUAGAUUCCCAGCCACAAGUGUAAAUCAGGCUGGAUUUGCUCAGCACCUGCAGCGAAGGUCCCUGAUAGACUGAUGUCCAUUGGCAGCUCUGUGUUGCUCCGAUUUUGCCCUUUAUUGUGACUUGCAACAGGGUAGGAUUCAUGUAGGGUCCGACUGUGUCGUGAUGAAAUUGAAAACAGCAAAGGGACAAAAAAUGUAAUAAAAUGUCUUGGGGGAGUAUCUACCUUGUGUGUUCACAGAGAUUAACAAAAUAUCCUGUUAAGACAUCUUUUAUUGCAAUUUUUACUGAUCUAAAGGCCAAAGCUGGUUCAUUUGCACCUUUGAAGAGUUAGCAAAGUACUUUUCAAAGUCUGUACUUUCCUUUUAUUAAGUUUAAAGAACAAAAUAAGCUUCAUCACACUAAAGCUGUAUCUACAUGGCACCGAUAUAAAAUUGAAAAGAGAAAAAUUCAGGCAAAUUACUAGAGGCUUUUUUGGAAGGGAUUUUACAGAUUACCAAAUAACCAGCCUAGCUGACUUUCCAUCACUUAAAUGGCCAGUCAUGAUUAAACUGAUUAAACUCUGUACCUGUCUUGAUGUCUUGUAUACAGACCUAAUAGUGCAGAAAUCUGUGCAUUAAAAUAAAGGGCAAUGAGCGUGGUCAAUUUUCUACAUAUGACUUUAUAGUUAGUUCACCAAGGCAGACCACUUUUUGUAUGUGGUUAUAAAAAAAGAGUUGUUGUUGAUUAAGUUUUCAGACUAAAUGUGGGACAGGCACAAUUUUGCUAAAUAGUGCAUGUAUAGGAAGAAAGGAAACAGACUUGAAAUAAUGCUUAUAAUCAGGAAAGGUUCCAUACAGCAGCAGCUUGUUAUUCCAUGUUUCCUCAUCCACUAAUUUCAAAAUCAGAUUCACUAAAUGUAAAAGUCAAAUACAUAUUUGGGCACUAUGUAUUGUGCCCUAAAAUUUUUUUGUGUGUGCCCUAAAAUUUUAAGCUAUACCUAAUGUUUGCAUAGCAAGAUGUUUCUUCUUUAAGCCUUUAGGAAUUAAGAUCUGAUCAGAAUUCAAGUAGAGUGUAUUUAUUUUCAAUAAAGAUGGAGGCAGAUCAAGAUGUUGCAUGCUGCUGAGGUUUAUCCCUUGAUAGUAUUGGAAUUGUUACUAACACUUGUCAGCAGAGUAGAGAAAAUGUAUGUGUGUGUGAUAUCAAAGUGCUACUUUUACCGCAUCAUUUAAAAAACCUACAUUCUUGGACAACUUUUCCAUUUCCACAUGCUUCCCGCCCACCUUCAAUUUGAUAAACAAUGCUGACAGCUAAGAAAGAGUUUAAAAGCAAGUCCUUUAAGACUGAAGUUAAAGAAGACUGUAUCUGCCAAGCACAGAGAGCAUGCCCAUGUUCCCCAAAUAGACUGGAGAAAAGCAAGGAACAGUCGGAUACCUUUUCAAAAGGUUCUGAAAACACAGCUGUGUGCGGAUCUUCCUUUUCGAGAAAAGCAUAGCAGCAGAAUGCAUUGCUUUUGUUGUACGUUUUUGCAGUAAAUGUUUUUACUAAUUUCUGUUCUCCAGAAAGCUCCCUACUUCUAACCCACAGCAAAAUAAAUUCUUUAUGUCUUCCUGUUACUACUCACACAUCCACAGCAUAGCCCAGAUGGAAAUAUUUAUCUGGUUGUCAGCUCCCCGUGCAGGUUCACCCUCUUCCCAUGCCUCCUGAUCUCCACAGACCACACAGGAAUUUGCAAGCACAAUUCCCAUAGGCCCCUUGUAUAAAUAUGGGUGAGAUUAGAACAGCCCCUCUUUUGCCACGAGGUACAUUGCUUAAAGGUGUUGAUGAUGUGGCUUUGCCAGUCUUACCAUAGUCUUUCUUUUCUGAUCCUCUCCGUCCUGAGCUUUAUAACACUCUGGGAUUUAGGAAGAAGAUUUUUCCUUUUAGAAGAGAGACUAGAAAUUCAAGAGGUGCACCUUGUUUUCAGGUUCAUUCAGGUCCAGUAGAAUGUUUUUAAUGAAAAGAUAAAGAAAAUGGGUGUGAUCUUUAAUAACACAUCCCUAUAUAUGGUAGAUAUAGUUUAUACCAAAAUUACAAUACAUAUAUAUAAAAUAGGUGCCUUUUUGAUUACCCUUGUUUAUCCAUUAUAGUCUUGGGAAAACAACCAAGCAAGUGAAUUUCUGCCUAUUCUAUAGUAAUAUUUUAUUAUAAAUGAUUGGUAUUUUUGUGGUGGGGAAGAGGGGUGCUCCUGACAUAUUAAAGGUGAUAGCUCAUUGUAUUUUACCAUUAAAGGUUUAGAACUUUAGAAAAUGCUGACUUCUUCCAUCUAUUUCUGAAAAGUUCUUUGUGGAUUUAUAUAUAGUUGAGAUGUAUAAACAUUAAACCUUAAGUUUGGGAUUUAAGAUACGUAUUGUAUGAUAAAAUAGUUAUGUUACAAGGCUGAAUUCACUGUGUAAGAUGAAUUUCACUUCGCAAGUUAAUUUCACCUUAGCUGUUUGCUUCUGAUAAUCUGAAAGUGGCUGGAUGGUAGACGUGGGUAACCUGGCAUGAAGAUGCUAAAGCUUUAGUUAAGCAAGAAGCUACGUAAACUAACUUAAGGUUGCUAAAAUGCAAGUCUCUUUCUCAAGUAUUCCAUGACUGUUAGGACCCUUUCUAGACAACUAGGUAUCAACUAUUGAUAAUCAAAAAAGUCAAGACAAAGUGAAGACAUUGCCAUCAUCCUUCCAUGAUCCUUAGACUGGUGGGACCCACAGGUGGGUCUCCUCCCUGGUCGUCCAUAUUCCUUCAGUGUAUUUAUGGGAACUUCAUAUGCCUUUUGCGUUUGAUAUAUGGUAUCCAGUUUGUGUAGUGCACACUUUGUAAUCCAGUUGUUGUUCAGAAUGAUUUAUUUUUAAAGGAGAAAGAGAAAACUGCAUCGCAAUUCCAUUCUUUUGUGUCCAUAUAGUGAAUUGCCUAGCAUUUUGGAAGUAGCACCAAGUCUAACAGGCAUGGUACAUGUGGGACUAUUGGUCUUUGACCUGUGAUAAAAAUGCAAACUUGAACCAUUGUGUAGUUUGGCUUCUGUUUGCUUCAAAAUAUGUACAAUUAUGGUUGAUUAUUAGCUUGUAAGUCUGUACCAAAUUUGAGAGCAUUAACAGUUUUGAAGGAAACAUUAAAUGUUUUUCUAAUGAAGGGGCUUACAGAAUGAUACAAUGUUAUUAAUAUAAUUUGGCUUUUGUUAUGCAAAUUGUUAACACCAGCUAUUAAAAUCUAUUUUAGUAGAAAUGCUUUAACUCAUGUUUUUUUCCUCUACACUGUGAAUCUUUAAGCCUUGGCGGACUAAAGAAAGAUCAUGCUGCCCAAAGGACUUAACCUAUGCAAAUGAGUUCACGUUUUCGUGGAUGUCACAGUAAAUGCGUAUUAAGACAUCAUUCCUCCUGCAUAAUGUACAGCAGCAUCGGAUAACACUGUAAGCCUAGCAUCCCGUGUGUAUAGUAUAGUCACUCACAAACCGUUCAAGAUGACCAUCCUCACUAGUAUUAGUAUUUGUUUGAAAACAAAUUGCUUAUCUAUUGAAACUACCUGAAUGAUGUCAGAAUGGGACUGACAGAUGGACGUGUGGGCUGUGGCUUUCCCGUGGUCCGUGCAGAUGUUCUCCUAUGAUAGAACUGUGUUCUCCCAUGCACUCCCUUCAGGGCCUUCUAUUCUGUAUUUGUAAAACAUGAUAAUGCAUUCAUUUCCUAUCUAUCUCUACACAUUUGGUUUGCUUAAAUAAAUGCAGGAUACAACAAAGUGGUUCUA